GGCGGGGAGCGCGGGCGGGAGCGCAGUCCCGGGCGGGAGGCGGGCGAGGCGCUGGCUCAGCUCACGUCUGUUGCCCUUUUUCGUGCAUUAUUGAUUUCGCCUCCGCCCGCGGCCCUGCUGCCCCCGCCGGCGCUCGGGGGCCCGCGCCUCCGGCCCGCUGCGUGAAAGGCGCGGAGAGCCGGGGCACCCCCGCUCCCCGGCCAGCCGCGCGGCGCCACCGGGAAGGGCGGGGACCCGGGCGGCGCGGGGAGGGUUCGCGCGGCCGGCUCCAGGCGGCUCGGGGGAGACUUUACCCGCCCUCCGCCUCCGCCUCGGUCGCCCGCCCCGGCCCUGGGCGCAGGGUGCCGCCCCGCGCGCGGCCAGGCGCAGCCCGGAGCCGCCGCGCCCUGCGUCCCGAGCGAGCGCGCGGCGCCCGGGUCCCCGGCUCGGCCGCCCCGGAGGCCCAAGCGGCGCGCAAACUUUUGCUCCAGUGCUCGGCGCUCCUCCCCAGCAUGUGAAGCCCCCGGGCGUCCGCGCAGCCGCCAGGUUGGCCCCUCGAGCGGGGCUGCGGCCGCCGAGAUGCUGCUCCGGGACCUGGUGCUGCGCCGUGGCUGCUGCUGGCCCUCGCUGCUGCUGCACUGCGCGCUCCACCCGCUCUGGGGCUUCGUGCAGGUGACGCACGGUGAGCCCCAGAAGUCCUGCUCCAAGGUGACGGACAGCUGCCAACACAUCUGCCAGUGCCGGCCCCCUCCCCCGCUGCCCCCGCCGCCCCCGCCCCCGCCGCCUCCCAGACUGCUCUCUGCCCCAGCUCCCAACUCUACCUCGUGCCCGGCCGAGGAGAGCUGGUGGUCGGGGCUGGUGAUCGUCAUCGCCGUGUGCUGUGCCUCGCUGGUGUUUCUGACCGUGCUGGUCGUCAUUUGCUACAAAGCCAUCAAAAGGAAACCACUGAGAAAAGACGAGAACGGCACCAGCGCUGCAGAGUACCCCAUGAGCUCACAGAGCAGCAAAGGGGUGGACGUGAACAACGCCGUGGUCUGAGUCUGCGGCUCCGGCACCGCUGGCCGGAGGGGCGGCGUGGUGGCACCAGCGGACACGGGAAAGCAGGUGGACUUGAGCUGACCCUGGGCUUGUCCAGGACUUCGUGGAGGAACCGUCUUCCCAGGCUCGCCCUGGUCGCCUGUGGGCAGGGGCGGCGCCCACACCAGGCUGAGCCCAGUUCCCCUGCAUGCCCCACGCCCCACCUUGUCCACGUCUGAUCCUACGCCUGUCCUCGCAGCUGCUGUCUGAAGCCUGGCUCUGGUGAAGGCAGGAAGCCCCUCUGCCUGCUGGAGCCGGGCAUCCCAGGCAGCCAACAGGAAGCCCGCCCGGGGCUCCCUCCCCUGCCUGGAAGCCUGUCCUCCUCCAAGAAGCCCACCUGCUUCCCAGUCGGUGUUCCCAACAAAAGCCAUUGGCACAGCCACGAGACAGACACCCCCUUCAAAGGUGCUCCCCACACAUCUGCCGUCACCCACCCCAUCCGCUGCAGGGCCCGCCUCCUCCUCUCGUCCCUACCCACGCCCCGGCGGCCCUUGGCUCCAGAGCCUGCAAACCGCCCCCCUCCCACCCCAGCAGACCAAGGGACUCUGUUCACCGAACCCUGGCCAAGGGUGGCCCUGGAGGGGCAGAGCCCGAGGCCCCCUGCCUGUCCUGCCCAUUUCCACCCUGACCCCGGAGGAAGCUGUGCAUCCACACGAGCCAGGCCCUGGAGGCCACCACCUGUGCCAAAUCCACCGGGACCCUCGGUGCCAGCCCCACCGGCCCCGCACUUCCUCCCCACCAGGGCUCCCUGAGGCCUGGCGGUGGUCCUCAGCCCCUCUCCCCAGAGGGAGGUGGGGCGCUUCCCCUUGGACCAGGAAGUGUCUCUCAGGAGUGGGGGGAGGAAGGGAGGGCCUGAGCCCCUGAGCCCCUGUUCCCUGCGGGCAGGCCCGGCCCUGGGGUUUUGUGGGCCCUGCCCUGGGACUGCCCUCACCACCCCACACCCUUGAUGGGGAGGAACCUGACACGCUGAAUCAUGGUGCUUGGUGCGCUGUGGGGGCUCCGCCAGGUGGGCCCGGGGUUGGGGGGAGGGGCUCCUCGGGCAGGGGUGGGGCUGCAGGUGAGACUCCAAUCCCGGCGAAAUGGAGGCUGGAAAAGCACCCCACCGGGCUGAGUCUCCAGACGCCGACACUGCUGGGUCCUAGUGCCCAGAGCUGUCCGUGUGCGCUCCCUGCGGCCAGGCCAGGCCAGCGUGCGUCCUCCUGUGAAGGGGCUUGUCUCCUCGUCGCUCUUCUGCUGUCUGAGGACUUCUCUGAGGCUUGAACCUGAGUUCCUCUCCCAGCCCACCUCAGCGUUGCCCCCCCCUCCCCCGACAGCCCUGGUGGGGGGCGCUCUGCUCCGCCCCUCCCCCCCACCCUGGUGAGUUGUGCUGUCAGAUGCAGCACCAAGCAACACGCAAGCCAGGGGCUGUGGGCAGGGUGGGGUGGGGGUGCGGUGCCCCACCCCAGGGCACCCCCACACCCAUGUCCUCAGCCCCCUGGUGCCUGUGAGCCCCCUGCCUAUGCCCUAAGCAGAUACCUGGGCAGGACCCCGCCCCUAAUCACACUCCCACCCUGGGCUUCUCCCGCUGCCUGGGGCUGGCCAGAGUUCAGGGGUCCUCUAAGGGACCCCAGUUGGGAGGGGCAGCCCCAGGGGGACUGGGGCCCACACAUUCCCCUGCCCACCCCAGCCCCCAAUACUUCCAUCCCUGGCUGCACCUUGGGGCCCAGACGCUGCAACGGGCCUCAGCCUCCAGACCAGGUGGAAAACCCCAGCCGUGCCAUCCACCAAGCUUUGGGGCUGCACCCUGUUCCCGAGCCACGGACACUCCAACUGACACGGAAGCUCUCCCUGUGGGCUUGGAAAACCCCUACUCACCCAUAGGAAACCCACUGGAGAGCACCCCACCCCCACCCCGCCAGCCCCAGGGCAGCCACGGAAGCUCAGCUCAGGCCCAGGGCGAGAGGCCCAGCAGACUCUCAGCUUCCAGAACCCACGCACACACAAAACCACGAGGACCUAGAAUGUGAGCUUAGGACUUGGAAACGAACCCCAGCCCCUAAACACGGAUCCAUGCUCCGAUCAGCUCAAGGUCAAGAAUGAAAGGCACGUCCCUUCUCUGCGUUUUCUCCCUGCCGUCUCAGAGUUGACCUUGGCUUCGGAACUCAGUGGUGUAUGGGGUGCCCAGGGUGUUCAGGUGUUCUUGGGAAGCGUGUAAGAGAAGUUUUGGAAGACUGAUAGGUGUAAAAAUAUAGACGUAUAUUAUAUAUAGUUAUAUAUAUUUAAAGAGAUCUCUAUAUCUAUAGAAUUAUUGUGCGCUCUGCAUCUGUACUAAGUGUGGCUUACACAGCCCUGGUAGGGCGAGGCCCGGAAUGCAUGGGCGUAAGCGCCCCGAGACCUUGUGCACGGGACAAGACAGGAGCCACGGGUCAAUGCCGUCUCGACGCCGUCUGGUUGGCCGGCGCAUCAUUCAUGUCGGUUUCGUGCACACGCGGGGCCGGCAGUGGGGAAUGUGCCGUUGCUCCUGCUUACACAGAAGAAAGCACCGUGACUUUUUUAUUUUCAAUAAAAAUAUCCUUAUAAGAUG